AUGAAGGGCACUUUGAUCCUCUCUGGUCUGCUGGCGAGCGUUGUCUCUGCUCACAUGCAACUGAGCAAGCCAUACCCUAUCCGCAGUCCUCUCAACAAGGAUGACGAUGGUCAGAAGGAUUAUUCAUAUAACAACCCCCUCUCCAGCUCUGGCAGCGACUACCCGUGCAAGGGCUACGCCAAGGAUGAUUUCAAGGCCGUCGAAACAUGGCAGCCGGGCUCAUCCCAGGAGAUGGAGUUGGAGGGCAGCGCCACCCACAGCGGCGGUUCAUGUCAGCUUGCCCUGACCUACGACCAGGGCAAGACCUUCAAGGUUAUCCAGUCAAUCGAGGGUGACUGCCCCAUUAACAAGAAAUAUAAGUUCGAUAUCCCGUCGGACGCACCGUCUGGUGAUGCCCUCUUUGCUUGGACAUGGUUCAACAAGGUCGGUAACCGCGAAAUGUACAUGAACUGCGCGAUGGUCAGCAUUGGUGGCUCUGGAAACCGCGAGAUGAACCAUCCCCCCAACCAAAGAGUCGAGGCCAAGCCCAAGCAUCACACCAAGAACAACAAGAACAACAAGAGUGCCAAAAGCAGCUUUAGCGGCCUCCCCGAACUCUUCGUCGCCAACGUUGACCAGACUGGCAAGUGUGUUACCAUCGAGGGCGAGGCUGUGCACUUCCCCCAGCCUGGUCCCAACCUCACUGGCAGUGGUGCUAGCGGUAAGGGCUACAAGUGCUCUGCCGAUGCUCCCUUCCUCAGUUCCAGCUCCAGCUCUGGCGAGAAGAACGCCACAACGACCACCAACACAACGACCAAGGUCGCCCAGACUCUCACCACGGCCACCGCUACUGCUGACGCCCGCAUUCUCUCCACCGAGGCCUCAACCAACAACCAGUUCGGCAGCUACGCGCACAAGUUCGUUUGCCAAGAUGGAGACCUCAUCUGCUCUCCCGACGGAUGGUCCUUUGCCCUGUGCGCCAAUGGCGUACCUAUCUUCAUGGGCUCUGUCUCUGCUGGUACCUGGUGCCGCAAUGGUGCUAUCACUGCUGCUCACUAG